UUCCCCUGCGUUGUCGUUCAACAUGGCAGCGGGACCAAUUUCAGAAAGAAACCAAGAUGCCACUGUGUAUGUUGGCGGCUUGGAUGAGAAGGUGUCGGAGCCGUUGCUGUGGGAGCUUUUUCUGCAGGCUGGUCCUGUGGUCAACACACACAUGCCCAAAGACCGGGUCACUGGCCAGCAUCAAGGUUAUGGCUUUGUGGAAUUCCUUAGUGAAGAAGAUGCUGAUUAUGCCAUUAAAAUCAUGAACAUGAUUAAACUUUAUGGCAAACCAAUUCGAGUCAAUAAGGCCUCGGCACACAACAAAAACCUGGAUGUGGGUGCCAAUAUCUUCAUCGGUAACUUGGACCCAGAGAUUGAUGAGAAGCUGCUCUACGACACGUUCAGCGCUUUUGGCGUCAUUCUCCAAACGCCGAAGAUUAUGCGAGACCCAGACACCGGCAAUUCCAAGGGUUAUGCUUUCAUCAACUUUGCCAGCUUUGAUGCGUCUGACGCGGCCAUCGAGGCCAUGAACGGCCAGUACCUGUGCAACCGGCCCAUUACCGUGUCGUAUGCCUUCAAGAAAGAUUCGAAAGGAGAACGCCACGGCUCGGCUGCGGAGCGACUACUCGCUGCGCAGAACCCUCUCUCGCAGGCAGACAGACCACAUCAGCUGUUUGCAGAUGCUCCACCGCCACCGUCCGCACCAACACCGGUCCUGACCACACUGGGAGCAACUCUCUCUAUUCCAGGUUUACCACCUCCUGGUGCGUUUUCUCAUGUUCCUCCACCUGGAGCAAUGCCUCCAACGAUGCCUCCGUCAAUGGCCAUGCCUCCAACAGGGGCACCACUUCCACCUGUUAGUGCUGGAGGACCUCCACACGUACCUCCGCAUUUCCCCCCAGCCAAUAUGCCUCCAGGUAUACCUCAGAUGCCCAUGCCACCUCCUGCUCCUCCUGGCAUGGUGCCCCCACCUCCUGCUCCACCAGGCUCGGCUCAACGGGCUCCGCUGCCCCCCAACAUGCCCCCACCACCUAUGGGCAUGCCUCCCAGAGCUCCGUUUGGACCUCCCAUGGGUAUGAGAGGCCCUCCUCCCAUGCCUCCCCCUGGCUAUGGUGCUGCUCCUCCCGGUCCUCCCCGGCCUCCUCCUUUUGGUUUCCAGAGAGCUCCUCCGAUGCCACCAAGACCCCCAGGUGUCCCUCCUCGGGUUCCUUGAGCGCAGCAAUGUCUCCGUAAUCCACGUCUGACGUCGAAAACUUCUUCUUACGUUUUUAAAUCGUUCAUGUUUGGAUUUAUUUCUUGUAGUUCUUGUGGAAAUAAUUUAACCACCUGUUUUUGUUUUGGGAUCAUUGUACAGAC